AUGGAAAUAUUUGGCGUCUUUCAAAAAUCAACAAUAAACUUCAUUGAAGGAGUUUUUCGUGGUUUGAUCGUUGGAAAUAAUUUACUGAUUUUAACACUACCUAGGAAGAGUGUAAAUAUUCGUGGAUUAUUUUCUUCAUCACUAGACGAAUCAUGGAAAUUUCUACCAAAACAAAUACCACAGGAAAAUUACGCGAAAAAGUAG